GAGAGUGUUCUGGGAGUCUGCUAGGGGACCUGACAGAAUACAGGGAGAAACUAUCCCACUAGCUGAUAUACUGUAGCUGCUCCACACACACUGCUAGACACAGACAGAGAGAGAAGGAGAGAGGUGGAGGCAGAGACAGAGGAAGAGACAGCUGUGGAGUGAGAUAGAGAGAACUGCAGGAAGAGACCAAGAGAGAGAUAGAGAGAUUUAGAAUUUGACAGACAGAGAAUUAGACAGAGGGAAAGGAGGGACACACAGCACCUCACCCUCCACUGACCCCUCGUCUUACCCUUGACUCACCCCUUAUCUCCCCACUUACAACAACCUGAGGCAGAGACACACAGCUCUACCAGCGCAGAGAUGAGAUGACUGGACACACACUAACACACACAUUUUCUCUCUGUUGAAAGAAGACCAGAAUACACACUUUCUUUUUGUUUUCUGUCUCAGCUCCUGCUCUCGUUCUUGGCCAGGAAAAAAAGGAUUACAGUUUAUUUCUUCAGCACAGUCUUUAUUCUCUAAAAGCCCCGAGUCACGUUGGACAAUUUGGAUACGUUCCUCUUUUCUUUCUCCCUCCAAGAGCACAGAGCAACAUGGCACAGGGACAAAAGAACCACAGCAACAGCAGGCAACAGCGGGCACAACUACUCACUAACCCCUUCUCCACCAUGGCACUGUCCCUCUCCAUGUCCUUCUUCCUCCUCCUCCUCUUCCUCACCUCCCCUGCCUCGACCGCCGACGAAUACGACUACUACAGCUGGCAAUCAGACAACUUCCACAACGGUCGUUUCUACACAAAGCAGCCGCAAUGUGUGGACAUCCCCGCCGAUUUACGCCUCUGUCACAAUGUGGGCUACAAGAAGAUGCGCCUCCCCAACCUGUUGGACCACGAGACCAUGCCGGAGGUCAAACAGCAGGCGGGUAGCUGGGUGCCGCUCCUCGCCAAGCGGUGCCACGCAGAUACACAGGUGUUCCUGUGUUCCCUUUUCGCCCCGGUGUGUCUGGACAGGCCCAUCUACCCGUGUCGCUCGCUGUGUGAGGCCGUGAGGGAUAGCUGUGCCCCAGUUAUGGAAACCUACGGGUUCCCUUGGCCAGAGAUGUUGACCUGUGAUAAGUUUCCUAUUGAUAAUGAUCUGUGUAUCCCCAUGCAGUUUGCUGGGAACCAGGCCACCCCGGCUCCAGCAUCUAAAGCCUGCCCUCCAUGUGACAACGAACUGAAAGCUGACACCAUUAUGGAACAUUACUGUGCCAGUGACUUUGCUAUCAAGAUGAAGAUCAAAGAAGUGAAGAAAGAGAAGGGCGACCGUAAACUCAUCGCUGCCCAGAAGAAGAAGAAGGUGCUCAAGAUGGGUGUCCUGCGUAAGAAGGACUUGAAGAAACUGACACUGUACAUAAAGAACGGAGCCAACUGCCCCUGUGCUCAGCUCGACAGUCUUGGCAGUAACUUCCUCAUCAUGGGUCGUAAGGUGGACCAGCAGCUGCUGCUCAUGUCCAUCCACAAAUGGGAGAAGAAAAGCAAGGAGUUGAAGUUUGCCAUCAAGUAUAUGAAGAGUCAUCAGUGUCCCACCUAUCAUACUGUCUUCCAGUGACCUUAGUGAUACAACAAUCACAACCAUACUCCCAGUCUUCCCCAGUUGUCCCCCCCUCUCCCGUCUAUCCUUCCAUUGUCCUACCUAUCAUACUUUUUUGCUAUGACACUGUGGAGAUGUAUCCUUCAUAUCCAGUGGUUUUGUGAUGCCUGUAGAAGUGGGUAUACUCUAAUUCUGCCAAAAAUAUUCCCAAAUGGCCUGCCCGUCAAAGGAAAGGCAAAAAAUAUAUAUAUUUUCCUAUAGUUUUUAUGUAUUUUCCUAUAGAUUUUUCAGGUUUUCACUCUCAGAAUCACACUUUUUUUAUAUAUAGAAAAACAAAUGUAUGUUCUAAGUCCACGAUAAUGCUUAACCACAUCCGUGGACCAUUUUUGAGGCAUGGGAAAAUUGUAAUAAAAUAUUUUUGGCAGGUAGUAGUUGCCCAUUAAUUCAGUUGUGCACCUAGCAAGAUACCCUUUAUGCACUACAAAUGCAAAAUACAGUAACUACAUAUUUUUUGACUGUAUGAUCCGUCUUCAAAGUAUUUUUCUGUCGAGACAGACAGCAUUCUCUGAUACUCAAUGAUAUCUUCUGAUCAACUGGUUGGUUCUUGUGUCAGGAAACUUAAUUCCACAUUAAUCAGAUAAUAUACUUAGCCAUUAGAAUGGAUCAAAGACUUUUGAACAAAUUCGUAGUUACUGCAUUUUACCUUUGUAGGGCGGAAUUUGGCUAGUGGUGUUUCUGUACUGUACAAUAUCCUACAUGUGAUGGCAGAGUUUGUAAAACAAAUGCCCUCCCAAUUGAUACAAAUCAUCAUGGUAUCAUUCUACCAGGUAGGCCUACUUUGUAAUCAACAUUUAAUUGGAAAGGAUUUUUGCCAGACAUUUUCAUUCAAACAGCGCAUGAUGACUGAAUUGCACACCAAUUUCGGACCCCACUUUUUCAAUAUCUGGUUUGCAUACACAUUGUUGCCUUAGUUCGCAUUUACUGGUAGAUAUCAAAAGUUGAACCGUCUUUCCAACCUAUGCUACUAACCGAUGUCGUUCUUCUGUGAGCUGCUCCAUGAAACAACCAGUUAACAGCUGCGCACUCUUGCUGUUUGCUCUGAAACUAGGCUGUGUACAGCUCACAUGUGAAUAUACACCAUAUUUACAAAAGUAUUUAGACAUCCCUUCAAAUGAGUGAAUUUGGGUAUUUCAGCCACACCCACUGCCGACUGGUGUAUAAAAUCGAGCACACUUCCACGCAAUCUCCAUAGACAAACAGUGGCAGUUGAAUGGCCUUACUGAAGAGCUCAGUGACUUUCAACGUGGCACGGUCAUCGGAUGCUACCUUUCCAACAAGUCAGUUGGUCAAAUGUCUGCCCUGCUCAAGCUAAGUAAGUGCUGUUAUUGUGAAGUGGAAACAUCUAGGAGCAACAAUGGCUCAGCCACGAAGUGGUCGACCACACAAGCUCACAUAAUGGGACUGCUGAGUGCUGAAGCGCGUAGCACUGUCCUCUGUUGCAACACUCACUACUGAGUUCCAAACUGCCCCUGGAAGCAACAUCAGCACAAGAAUUGUUCUUUGUCUAGGCCUCUUAGUUCAAGGGAAAGGAAGUUUUAACACUACAACAUACAAUGACAUUCUAAACAUCUCUGUGCUUCCAACUUUGUGGCAACAGUUUGGGGAAGGUCCUUUUCUGUUUCAACAUGACUAUGCCCCCACACACAAAGCGAGGUCCAUACGCAAAUGGUUUGUCGUGAUCAGUGUGGAAGGACUUGACUGGCCUGCACAGAGCAUCCCCAUCAAACACCUUUGGGAUGAAUUGGAAUGGCUGUGAGCCAGGCCUAAUCAUCCAACAUCAGUGCUCAACCUCACUAAUGUUCUUGUGGCUUAAUGGAAGGAGGUCCAGCAGCAAUGUUCCAACAUCUAGUGGAAAGGCUUCCCAGAAGAGUGGAGGCUGUUAUAGCAGCAAAGGGGGAUCAACUCCAUAUUAAUGCUCAUGAUUUUGGAAUGAGAUGUUCAACGAGCAGGUGUCCACAUACUUUUGGUCAUGUAAUGUAUUUCACGUGCCUUGCAUUUGUGUAGGAUACUUUGUGCAUGAUUUCUUUAUUGUACUACAUAAUUGAUCCGAUGUAUACCGCCAUUAUACUAGAAGUACACUCAUUAAAAUGUGAGGGUAGAGGCCUCCCGGGUGGCACAGUGGUCUAAGGCACUGCAUCGCAGUGCUAGCUGUGCCACCAGACAUUCUGGGUUUGAGCCCAGGCUCUGUCACAGCCGGCCGUGACCGGGAGAUCCAUGGGGCGAUGCACAAUUGGCCCAGCGCCAUCCGGAUUAGGAUUGUAUUUCGGAGGAUGCAAGGCUCUUGACCUUUGCCUCUCCCACGUCCGUACAGGAAUUGCAGCAAUGAGACAGGACUGUAACUACUACCAAUUGGAUACCAUGAAAUUGUGGAGAAAAAAGGGGUAAAAAAGAAGUGAGGGUAUGCAGUGCCCAUAGGGGAUUAAGAAGUGAGGGUAUGCAGUGCCCAUAGGGGAUUAAGAAGUGAGGGUAUGCAGUGCCCAUAGGGGAUUAAGAAGUGAGGGUAUGCAGUGCCCAUAGGGUAUUAAGAAGUGAGGGUAUGCAGUGCCCAUAGGGGAUUAAGAAGUGAGGGUAUGCAGUGCCCAUAGGGGAUUAAGAAGUGAGGGUAUGCAGUGCCCAUAGGGGAUUAAGAAGUGAGGGUAUGCAGUGCCCAUAGGGUAUUAAGAAGUGAGGGUAUGCAGUGCCCAUAGGGGAUUAAGAAGUGAGGGUAUGCAGUGCCCAUAGGGGAUUAAGAAGUGAGGGUAUGCAGUGCCCAUAGGGGAUUAAGAAGUGAGGGUAUGCAGUGCCCAUAGGGGAUUAAGAAGUGAGGGUAUGCAGUGCCCAUAGGGGAUUAAGAAGUGAGGGUAUGCAGUGCCCAUAGGGUAUUAAGAAGUGAGGGUAUGCAGUGCCCAUAGGGGAUUAAGAAGUGAGGGUAUGCAGUGCCCAUAGGGGAUUAAGAAGUAGGGGUAUGCAGUGCCCAUAGGGGAUUAAGAAGUGAGGGUAUGCAGUGCCCAUAGGGUAUUAAGAAGUGAGGGUAUGCAGUGCCCAUAGGGGAUUAAGAAGUGAGGGUAUGCAGUGCCCAUAGGGGAUUAAGAAGUGAGGGUAUGCAGUGCCCAUAGGGGAUUAAGAAGUGAGUGUACUUCCACUGACAUUUUUUCGGGUAUACGGCGUAUACCUGGGGAUACCCUCCACUAAGCCACUGUUCAUAUCUCACAAAUACCUCUAUUAGUAUCGGAUUAGUAUUCCCAUCUAGUCUGGUCCCAGAUCUCUUUGUGCUCUUGCGAACUCCAUUUCUGUCCUUGUCAAGCCAAAAUGACAAUGAGUUGGGCAUGAUACCACAAACAGACUGGCACUCGGGCUACUUCUCACCUGGCUAUCUAUCCCUCAUUCUCACCCAAGUCUCCCCAGUCUCUCUCCCAAGUCUCGCCCAGUCUCACACCAGUCUCCCACAUAUCCCACCAUGCUCUAGAAAACACCCUCCAUGCCCCUCGGCUCCAGAACCCUCCAGAUCCUCUAGAACCCUCCAGACCCCUCCAGACCCUCUAGACCCCUCCAGACCCUCCAGACCAUCCAGACCACUAGUCCAAACAUUGAACCUUUUUGUGGCCCAAUCUCCUUUCUGCUACCCACCCACCCCAUGUAGACUAUUCUGAUAACUCACUCCCUAGCACCUACCAUACAGUAGCACUUUCUCUAGCCCCUUCCCUUUCUCUAGACCCUACCCUAGCCCCUACCCUACAGUAGCACUAUUUUAUACCUGCCCUGAGAGCCCCAAAGAAACCCAGACGUUCCUGUUUUUGAGAUGGUUACUACAGAUUUUUGAUACAGGGGUGGUGGUGUUACUAACCUGCCAUAUAUUGGAGUCAGCGUUUAUCACAGUCACAAGGUGACGGGAUCCUCCAAGACACUAUGAGAUUGUUAGAUCCUAUAAAUAGAACAAUCACAUGUAUAUUUUACAGUUGUCCUCUUAUCAUUAUGAUGAUAGCAGAGGGGGUUAGUAAAAAGUAUGGUAAGACUUGCACAGAUUGCGGUAAGGACAAUGCUUUUGGUGCUUUGAAUGAUUUUAUAAUUCUUCAAAAGAAUGCAGACAUUGGAGUAAAGCAAGCUUCAAGAUUUAUUAAUAGUCGAAAGGGAGAGUUUAUGCUUUUGAGAAAAAGGGGUAAGAGAAAAUGCAUGUGUAAAGUUUGAAUUAACGGUUGUGCCCUUAGCAAGCUGUUUGUUUGUUCAGUAGACACUGAAAUAGACAAGCUACCUGUCUGUCCAGAGUGGAUAUAUAAAGUUAGUUAGCUGCUGAUGACACCUUAUUUGAAUGUUCUGUCAUACGCUCAAAAUCAUGACUGAGCAGGAUCAGGUAUUUCCUGAAAAUACAGACGUUGCAAAAUUCCAAGGUUUUUCAGAAAACAUGAUUGGAGGAUAUCCACAUGUCCUUUCUAUUCCCUCCCGAUUCCAGGAAUUUUUCAACCAGGAUUUCUAGAAAUCCAAGGAAUUUGGGGAAAGUUAUCGGAAUUUUGCAGGCCUACACAGAAACAUUAUGGAAUAUUCAAAUAACAUGUUUCCAUUCCUUGUUAUGUUUCUCAUUUUGUGUAGAAAAUAAUGAAAAAGUUAAUUAAACGAAAAAAAUAUAAUAAUAGGUUGUUAUCAAAAAUAUCAAAAAGAAGAUGGAUGUAUGAAUUCCUAGAAAGAAGAAGAAGAUAUGGAUUGAUGGAUUGAUGCUGCCACUGACUAUCAUACAGAGCAGGCUGCAUUGGGACCAUAAGCCUACUCCUCAGAAAGAGAUAUAUAGAGAGAAGGAUACUAAAUCUGAGAACAGAAAGAAAAAGAAGAGAGGCCAGAGAGAGAGAGACUCAUUAUGGAAUAAAACUACCCAUUGGGUGGUGAACUCUCUGGUUCUCACUAUGUUUCACUAUCACUAUUGAAAAAUUUCACUUUUUAGUAACGCUUGAUUUUACGGCUCUCUAGUUACCAGGUAUUUACCUAUGUAUUAAAAUAUAUUGUGAGAACAUAUCGGUUAAUUUGGGAAUUGAGUGUAAUAUAGACCAGAGAGUACCUUAUGUUAGAAGAAAUGUCACAUUACAUUACCAGAUGACAAUUCCAGUGGUAAAAGGACUGUAAAGGGACAGCAUUCAACUUUAAAACAAAAAAAUGAAUUUGUUAUAAUUUGCUUGAAUUAUACUUUAUGGUACGGUACACCAAGAAUCAAGGAUCAUAUACAGACAUAGCACUUGAAUUCAUGAAAAGAUGAAUUUCACUUAGGCAGUUAUGUUUUUAACCCUUUAAAACUUUAAGUAGUUCUGUUACUGAACCACUUUUUAUUGUUUUGCAAAAGUAAAUAAAUUAAAAUAUAAAAUAAAAUAUAGUUGACAUUUUUAUAAAGAUAA